AAAUAUUUCGCGAACAAACAUCAGAUUCUUCCUUUCGCAUCCCUCCCAGACAGACCUGCGGCCGACUGAUAUUAUUGGAAUUUGGAUAAAUAAAGGUGUUUUUCUUCCAUUUUUACAUCAAGAAACGGAAACUCGGAAGUUCCUUUGCAAAAAUGUCGACCUUCGAACAAGCCGCCGAAGAUGUCAAGAAUCUGAAAGUCACCCCGUCAGAUGCCGAUCUGCUGGAGGUGUACGGCCUGUACAAGCAGGCCACCGUCGGGGACUGCAACACCGACAAGCCCGGUCUGCUCGACUUCAAGGGCAAAUCCAAGUGGGAGGCCUGGAACGGGCGCAAGGGCAUGUCGCAGGACGACGCCAAACAGGCCUACAUCGAGAAGGUGGCCAAGCUGGUGGAGCAACACGGACUGAAGUAGGCGUGGGGCGGUGUUUGCUGCUGCAAUCGAGACGAGACGAGACGCACAGUUCGGUGGCUUCCCGCUGGUGAUGGGAUGGUACUCUUCCGGAAUCUCAAAUUGACCAUGUGCCGAAGAUGGAGGGGGCGGUAGCAUUUUAGAGGAAUAGGUGAUUAGGGACUUUCGGACUUCUGCAACGCACUUGAUUAUGAAUCACAAAGAAAGGAAACACUGAAUUACUCUCAUCAAAAGUUUUUAUUUGUAUUGUACAAAUACAGCUAGUUUAUUUUCGUUGAAUACUUUUGAAUUGAUAAUAAUAUUAAUAUGUGGCUAAAAGCUCUACGAUAACACACUUGAUUUAGGAAUAAGUUGUAUAACAAUAAAUUAUUUCAGAACCGUACUGGCUCCAGACGCAAAA